GUUGUGUUACAGAGGAGAAAAGUUGUGAAAGGCGAAAGAGAAAAAAAUUGCUGUAAAAAAAUAUAUUUUUACAUCGUUCACAUCAAUAAAAAACACCUUAAAGUACAAAAUUUUACACAAAAACACAGAAAAAACAAAAUGGAAUCAGAAUUGAGUCAGGCUUAUUACGGAGUCUACUGCUCCUCAAAAGAAAUUCUCAAGAACAAUCAGCGACACCUCUACUGCAGUAUGUUGGAUUUAUUGACGAGCACCUGCAAGACAACGGGUUUAGUGGGUAGUAAAAUUGUAAGUGAUGAAAUGAUACAGUUUUGGUUGUCGGACAUCUUGGCCUUGAUGUUUGACACAGAUCGUGCCAUACAGACGAAGGCCGUGGAAGCCUUCGAACAGGGUUUAGCUUCAAUGGAUGUGCAGAAAAUACACAAUAGCAAGGAGUGGCCAGCAUUGAAGGCCUCUUUGGCCAGUGUACAGGCGCCCAAGAUACACAAGUUGAGGGAGGAACGUAAUCCUCAUUGGCAUAGGGUGUGGGGUUACAUGAUACGUAUACUUGACAAGGAACUGUUAAAGGGGGCAAGUACAAUCAAUGCCUUUCUGGCUAUAGUAGAGUUGGGAUUUCGCAGCACGGACAAUACCAUACGAGCGGAAUCCUUUAUGUGUUGGCGCCUACUAAUUGAAAUCUUUGCCAAAUAUGAUGAGCUGUCUUCACCUAAACGUUUAAAAUUGAUAUGUAUUCCCUUAAAGAGUUCCCAAUCGAAGUCCGCCCAGGCUGCGGAGGUUAAGUUGAGGGUGUGGUGGUAUUUGUUGACACGUUUCGGUUCUAAAUUGGGUGAUAACUUCGAGGGUGUGGUUGAGCCCUUUCUGCACUUUUGUUUUGGCGGUGUAUCUGGCACAAAGCAAAUGGGUAGUGCCGCUAAGCAGUAUGAGAUAGUACGGGAACUGGCAAUUCCCUGCAUGGCUAAGUUAUUGUCUGGUGAGAGAAGCGAAUUUUUGGAUCGUUCAUUAAGGGAUCACAAGCUGGAAGCAUUGGAAUCCCCAUCACCACUAUUGGAAAACAACAUUUUGGAAAAACAUUGGUCAACAGUCGCUAACGCUGCCUUUGAAUCUAUUAAUCUGAUGGUUAAUGAAUCUUCUGAUGCAGAUGUCGGAGAGCAACGCCUAUUUCAACAAUUACUGCGUCACCUUUUACACAUGACUUUUCGCAAAGACAUUGCCCCCUUAACAAUCCAUGUGUGCUCAUCGAUACAGAAAAUGCAAAAUAAAAGUCCCCGCACAGUUAUUAUAGCCAUCAAUACCUUGGCGUCAGAAGGUAUGGUGGCAAAGAAGUCAUCGGAAAAUAUGGAACUAUAUCCCAAGUUGUUGGAUGCGUUUACUAAGCUUUUUAUAUCAGCACGCUCAAUUGUGCCCCCAGCAAUCUUACAACGUUGCGUCGACAAGGUAUUCUCUUUGGAUGCUCACGACUCUGGACGAAGCAAAUGGCGUGCCUUAUCAAUUAUGAUGAGUAAUAUUUUCCUCUUAAAGGAUGAUGAAGAUUUUGAUGCAUUCGAAACUAAGCUUAUAAUAUGGCGCAAUGUUUCGCAUGGCCUGUUGAGACAUCUUAAGGAAAAUGCUUUAGACGUUAGAGUUAGGGAAAAUGCUUUGCUAAUGGAGCGAUGGAUACUCUGGCCUGUUCAGGUUUGUGUCGGUUUUGCAGGUUCCAAAUCGGCAAGUGGUUUUGAUACGGCAUUUUGCUCACUCUGGAGACAAUUGAUAAAUGCUGGCCAAAAUGCUCCAGAUAGAAGGUCUUUCAUUAGUAAAUUGUGCGGCGUUCUAAAAGAUCUGCCCAAAGUGCGUCACGAAGAAUCCUCAUUUGGAGAACUAUUCGAUGCCUACGUUAUGGCCGUGACAAAAUUGGAAUGUGACAAAGAGAACGUUCAACAUCAUGAGUUUUUCGUUUUGAUGCAAGAGAUCCUUAAGCAACAAUUGCCUAAGAAGCCACUUGAGGCGUGUCUGAAUACAUUACGUAACGCCUUGAUGGGAUUUAAAGCUGCAGAAGCUAAUGCAGUAUAUGAUAACAUAAAGUCUGUACUCUCAGCAGUGGUUGCUCUUAAUGCCAAAGGUUCUGCUUGUUCGGUUGAAAAUAAGUUUCUUGAUGAAUGGAAGAGAGCCGUUAUGGAUAAAUUGCGUUCAACACUCAACAAAGAGCUGUUCCAACAACUAAAGGAGGUGGUGAAGGGGAACAGCGAUGUUUUUAUAGUAAUACCGUCGGUAUGGAGCUUAAACCCUGACAAAUUGACCGAAAGGCAAAAGGAAAAAAUGGCCGAAAAGGCAGAUAUUCCAGCCCUGUACAAUGAUAUGAGUCAGUCGCAGGAAACUUCUCUUAAACCCUGGACUCCCAAGAAAAUCGUCAUCGCACAAAAAGAUAAAUCCGAAAUUGUUUUGGAAGGCCAACAGCUGGAUGAGGAGGUUAUAGAAGAAUCAGAACCAACUGUGGUGGAGAAAGUCAGCGAAUCCAUUAUGACUACUCCGGUCAGCAAAAAAUCAUCCUUGCGAAACCAAGCAAAGGUUCCAGGCACACCCAGGGAACCGCAACAGCAUGAGGAGGAAAAGAAAUUGGAACAAGAAGUUACUCGUAGUACGCGCAAUUCAAAGAGAUCCAUUCUAGCCACAGCCCCAAAUACCGAAGAGGAACCAAAGGAGAAGCUAUCUGCAACUGAGGAAAGCAUAAUUCGAAGGCAAACUCGGCGUUCCGGUUUGCGCACUAAAAACGAUAACAAAAAGGCUGAAGAAACCUCAGGCGAGAAAUCAAAAGCAACAAGUGUCGUUGAAAAACCACACCACCACAUCGAAAACCUAUCAAGUCCCAGUAAAAGUGCUGCUGGUAAAACAUCCACUGUUUCAGCUGCUGCCACCGAAGAUAUUUACGAUGAAAAUGAUACUCCACUCAUUGAAAAAGAUAAGGAAAACAUUCUUGUGGAGCAACAGGAAACUCAAUUACCAACUAUGGCAGAGACUUUGCCACCAACAGAAAUAACUACAGACACACCAUUAAACACUGCACGUCAUGCUGCUACGCAAGAAAGCGAAAAGAGUGCUUCAGCAAAAGCAUUUAGCGCUAAUACUGACAGCACUGGCGAUAGCCACAAAAAGGAUGAGGCUUCUAAGAAAGCCAGUAAUAACAUUGAAAUAUUGUCAAAUGAACUAAUAAUUGAUCUCAACAACAAAUCAAACACAAAUGCCAUAACCGAGAUUUUACAAACUAAAGAAGUUUCGCCUAAAAAGACUACCACUAGAUUUACACCCCUGUCAUCCCCUCCUGAUCGCAAACUAACAAACAAUAGCAGUAGCCCAACCCUUAGGCCUAAACCCUCGGCCCAUCUAACGGGUCGUGGUGCCCAACUUAUAAACAUGAUACGCAAUAAGAAAGUCGAUAUAUCUGCUGCUGCUGCAACUACCUCUACAGCUGGUCAAACGGCCUCAGUUUCGACACCCUCACAACAACGUAAUCCAGCCGCCGAGCUUAUGGAACUAACCGGUACCGAUCAAACCUCUACUCCGGUACAACAUAAAGAUUUUUUGGUAUUCUCCAAACGUUUACCAUCACCAACGGCCAGUCCUUCGGCCAGCAUUUUGAAACGUAAAUUACGUAACGAUAGCAUCGAAGAUCUAUCAUUUGACUCACCAGCAUUUAAACGUAAACGUGUGAGCUUCCAUGAUCCUCCGGUAUCGGUCACCAAGGAAUAUUUGCGAGACGCCGAGGAGACAAAAACAAAACCUAAGAGGUGCUUAAUAAUGGACAAAGUUUCAGAGGCCAAACAUGUUUUGCGUAGACGCAGUAAAUUGGACAGCCUCAUAGAAAUUGAGAAAUUUAACAAUCCCUCAGACACAAAUGUUGCCGCUGACAGAAGUGCAGCCCAUACACAAUUGAACACUGCCAGUUCUGGUGCGGCGAUCAUGGCUCCAUCUUGCUCAACAAACACCAGCAAUUCAGCCAACAAAUCUUCGGACAGUGUAAUGGAUGAAAGUGUUACAUCUUUGAAAUGGAAUGAUAGUCGUAAUACAACUUCAGAUGAGCUACCACCACCACAACCACAAUCAACAACCACAGCCACUCCCACCACGGAUGUCACCACCAUACCAACCACUGCCAACAUUAAUGAGGCUCUUACCACAUCCAUAACUCCCAUUUUACAUCAUCAAUGCAAUCAUCCCGAAACACAGGAACUUAACAUUGAUACGGCCAUGACCAUGGUUUUGGAACAGUGUUCCCUUGAAACCAUACUUGAAAAAUAUUUCGCCCAUGAGAAUACGCCAGAAUUGAAAUCGUCCCGCAUUGUAGCGAAAUUUCUCUCCAACUCCAUGGAAACUCAUCCCAAAAUCAAGACAAAUGUUUUGGAAACAUUGUCGGAGAAUCACUCAAAGGAUUUCCUUGAUCAUGCCGUUCAAGAGAACUUGUCUUCCGUGGUAUGCGAUCGUUUGAAUUUGAACUCGGUCAUUGAUUAUAUAUGCGCCAAGUCGAAAAUUAAUUCGGGCUGUCGCAAUAACCUGCUGCAACAAUUGCCCGACAUACUGAAGCACAGCAAAAAUGAUGCCGAACGUUUUGACUUCAUUGAGAACGUUCUGCAACAAUGCCAAUUCACCGAUGAGCAUAUAUUGGAGCUGAUAAAUGUGUUGAUGCAAGUUCGCACCGGCCGAAAAGGAGGAGAACAUUUAACCAUGGUCUCAGAAUCGGCGGUCGAUUCAUCUUCAAAUUUAUAAAUCUAAGCAAAACAAAAACCACACAAAUUUAAGCAAAAACAAAUCAAAUGGAAAACAAAUGAAAACCAUCGAAAUUUGUAAUGUACAACAAAAAUAUUUUUUUUAUCAUUAUUAUUAUUAUUAUUCUAUACACACACACACACACCCACACGCACCCUAGCACCCCCAUAUGCACCUUUUACAUUUUUUUAUGUUAUAUUUUAAACAAAAAACAACAAAAAUAACACAAAAACAUUGUUUAAUAAUUUAUUUAAUAUUUUAUUUUGUACAUUGUAUAUGUAUAACAUACAUGCUACAUACAUACAUAUAUAAAUAUUUAGAAAAAAAAACACACACAGAAACAAAACAAAAAAGAAACGUUUUGUACAAUUAUAAA